CGCAGCUGCUCUAGUAUUGAUUAACACUUGAUUCCGGAACAAAAUGAGAUUGGUCUCCUGUGUAUUAAUAUCCUUGCAGUUGCUGCUACUGAUAAACACACUGAAUGCUGCAAGUUGUGUAAGACCUACUCCAGCUCCGAUAACAGUUGCACCGCCUUGCGCUAAACCGACCUCCACUCAAUCGACUACCACUCAACCAACACCAACUGAUGAUGAACCAACUGAGGAGCCAACUAGUGCUUCACCCACUGGUUCGACACAGACAACAUCCGAGAUCAGACCAACUCGUGAUCCAGGCACAACUUCAGAGUCGCCACAAAGUCCUACUGAGGAUCCCAAUAAUUCAACACAUGAAACGUCUACGGCGUGGCCGACAACGACUGAAGUAACACCCACAGGAGAUCCCAAUAGCUCAAGUCAAGGAACGUCUACAGAGUCGCCUCACACAACUACUGAAGUAACACCCACAGGAGAUGUUAACAGUUCAAGUCAAGGAACGUCGAGUGAGCUACCACCAAAUCCAACAGGCGUAACCCCCACUGAAAAUCCUAAUAGCUCAACACAAGAUCCAUCUACAGAGUUACCACCAAAUCCAACGGGCUCAACACCCACUGAAGAUCCAAAUAGCUCACCUACAGGGUUGCCGCAGACAACGACGGAGGUAACACCAACUGGAGAUCCUAACAGUUCAAGUCAAGGAACGUCUAGUGAGCUACCACCAAAUCCAACAGGCGUAACCCCCACUGAAAAUCCUAAUAGUUCAACACAAGAACCGACUUCAGAUUUACCACCAAAUCCAACGGGCUCAAUACCCACUGAAGAUCCAAAUAGUUCAACACAGGAACCGUCUACAGGAUUGCCGCAGACAACAAGCGACAUAACUCCCAGUGGAGAUCCAAAUAGUUCAACACAAGAACCAUCUACAGAGUUACCACCAAAUCCAACGGGCUCAACACCCACUGAAGAUCCAAAUAGCUCACCUACAGGGUUGCCGCACACAACGACGGAGGUAACACCAACUGGAGAUUCUAACAGCUCAAGUCAAGUAACGUCUAGUGAAGAUCCUAACAGUUCAACACUAGAACCUUCUACAGAGAUACCCCCAAAUUCAACGGACUCAACACCUACUGUAGAUCCAAAUAGUUCAUCUACAGGCUUGCCGCAGACAACGACAGAAGUUACACCAACCGGAGAUCCAAAUAGUUCAACACAAGAAACGUCUAUAGCUCCCACUGGAGAUACAGAAACUUCUACACAAGGUACAUCGACAGAGUUGCCACCCAGUCCAUCGGGUGUUACAACCACUGAAAAUCUAGAAACUUCCACACAAGAAACGUCCGGACGGACAACGUUGAUAACAAGCGAAGACCCAACAUCGACAUCCGAGCAGAAUGAGUCCACAGGAACUACAAUUUCCAUAUCAACAACGACGCCUGCCGUGGAUACCGACGCAAUGUGCAUGAAUCAUCCAGGAAUCGAGUUUCUACCAUAUCCCUACAAUUGUCACAAGUUUGUGCAUUGCGAUGGUGAUCGCGGCUAUAUAAAAGACUGUCCAUCCAAUCUCUACUGGGACUCCAGGACUAAAACUUGUGAAGCUGCUUGCGCUUGAAUUUGAAUACGCAAUAAACUAUGAAAAGUGUGCAAAGAACUAUAGAGCU